AACAAGCCACUGCAGCCCGUGUGUCUGCUGUGCACCAGAGUGUCACAAGACGUGUUGCAUGAGGAUAACGGUGAAGACUGCUGUUGCAAUGUUGAUUGCCCCCAGCAGGCACCUCAACAGCAGGGAGGGACGAGGAGCAACCCCACCAUGCCCAUGCCGAUGGGUCACUGACUGAUUGGCCAAGGGCAGAGGUAGCAGCACGAAGAAGCCCAGCUCCCACCUGCUAUAAAACCAGGGUGUCUGGGGCAAAACAGUACUCCCUGGAUGCACGUAAUUCCUGGUGAACCAAACCCAUCAUCAGCUCCGUGAAGACCUGGGACAGGCGCAAACCAUGCGGAUCCUGUACCUGCUCUUCCCCUUCAUUCUCCUCUUGGUCCAGGGUGCUGCAGGAUCCUCCUUGGUUCCAAGAAACAAGCAGCAAUGUCAUCAAGAAAAGGGCUUCUGUGGAUUUCUGAACUGCCCUUUCCCCUUUGGCAUCUCAGGGAAAUGUUCAAGAUUUUUCUUUUGCUGCAAAAAAUUAUUCGGUUGAAAAGCUGGACUUUCAAAGCAGGAUGUCCCCCUUGCUUCUCGUUCCUGGAAACAGCUCCUGACGUCCUCUCCCCUUCCCACCCCUGCAGUCUCCGCGUGGAGUGCCCGUGGGAGUGGAAGCACUGCUCCUGCUGGGUGCGAGGGCACCCGUGUGCUGGAGACAUCCUGCCCCAGGCCUGCUGUCGUUUGGCCAGAGGCUGCUUUUCCCCGCUCGAAUAAAGGCGUGCAGUUUGGCAUUGCA